AUGGCUGCUUCAGCCAAAGUAACGGUAGGGUCUCAUGUGUGGGUGGAGGAUCAAGAUGAAGCCUGGAUUGAUGGAGAAGUGGAAGAAGCUAACACUGAGGAAAUCACAGUUAACUGCUCUGGAAAGACGGUUGUGGCAAAGGUAAAUGCUGUGUACCCAAAGGACCCUGAGUUCCCUGAACUUGGCGUGGACGACAUGACGAAGCUUGCAUAUUUGCAUGAACCAGGGGUUCUUCUCAAUCUUAUGUGUCGAUAUAAUGCAAAUGAAAUAUAUACAUACACAGGAAAUAUAUUGAUAGCUGUGAAUCCAUUUAAAAGAUUACCUCACCUGUAUGGAAUUGAUACGAUGAAACAGUAUAAAGGCACAGCUUUUGGUGAGCUGAGUCCACAUCCUUUUGCCGUUGCAGAUUCUGCCUACAGGAAAAUGAUAAACGAGGGAGUGAGCCAGGCGAUAUUGGUGAGUGGGGAAAGUGGAGCUGGGAAGACGGAGAGCACAAAGAUGCUCAUGCGAUAUCUUGCCUACAUGGGCGGAAGAGCUGAGACUGAAGGACGAUCCGUGGAGCAGCAAGUUUUGGAGUCCAAUCCAGUUUUAGAAGCUUUUGGCAAUGCAAAAACCGUUAGAAACAACAAUUCAAGUCGUUUUGGUAAAUUCGUGGAGAUUCAGUUUGAUCAAAGGGGAAGAAUCUCAGGAGCUGCUAUCAGGACAUAUUUGCUAGAGAGGUCGCGUGUUUGUCAAGUCUCUGACCCUGAAAGAAACUAUCAUUGCUUUUACAUGCUUUGCGCUGCACCAGAACAGGAAACAGAGAGGUACAAGUUAGGAAAACCAAACACAUUUCGUUACCUAAAUCAGUCUAAUUGCUGUGCAUUGGAUGGGCUUGAUGACUCCAAGGAAUACCUAGCUACAAGGAAAGCUAUGGACGUUGUUGGGAUCGAUUCUGAAGACCAGGAUGCAAUCUUCAGAGUAGUGGCUGCAAUCCUUCAUCUAGGGAACAUCGAGUUUGCAAAGAAUGAAGAAUCAGAAGAAUCAGAACCUAAGGACGAUAAAUCACGCUUCCAUCUCAAAGUGGCUGCUGAACUUUUCAUGUGUGACGAGAAAGCUUUAGAAGAUUCAUUGUGCAAAAGGGUGAUGGUGACUCGUGAUGAAAGCAUUACAAAGUCGCUUGAUCCUGAUAGUGCAGCUCUAGGCAGAGAUGCACUUGCCAAAAUUGUCUACUCUAAAUUGUUUGAUUGGUUGGUGACCAAGAUCAAUAAUUCCAUCGGCCAGGACCCAGAUUCAAAACACAUCAUUGGAGUUCUGGAUAUUUAUGGAUUCGAGAGUUUCAAGACAAACAGUUUUGAACAGUUUUGUAUAAAUUUGACAAACGAGAAGCUGCAGCAACAUUUCAACCAGCACGUGUUCAAGAUGGAGCAAGAAGAAUAUACUAAAGAAGAGAUUGACUGGAGUUACAUAGAGUUCAUUGAUAAUCAGGAUGUCCUUGAUCUCAUUGAAAAGAAACCUGGUGGUAUCAUUGCCCUUCUAGACGAGGCUUGCAUGUUUCCAAGAUCAACAAAUGAUACAUUUGCACAAAAGCUAUACCAGACAUUUAAAGACCACAAGCGUUUUGCCAAGCCUAAAUUGGCUCAAACAGACUUUACAAUUUGCCAUUAUGCUGGCGAUGUCACUUAUCAGACAGAACUGUUUCUGGACAAGAACAAAGAUUACGUUGUUGGAGAACAUCAAGCUCUCCUGAGCUCUUCAGAUUGCUCUUUUGUCUCAUCCUUGUUUCCACCAUUGCCAGAGGAAUCUUCCAAAACGUCAAAGUUCUCAUCAAUAGGUUCUCAAUUUAAGCAACAACUGCAAUCUUUGCUCGAGAGUUUGAGCACCACAGAGCCACACUACAUACGCUGCGUUAAACCAAAUAACCUUCUCAAGCCAGAAAUCUUUGAGAACGUUAAUAUUCUGCAUCAACUUAGGUGUGGGGGGGUCAUGGAGGCCAUUAGAAUUAGUUGCGCUGGAUAUCCUACUAGAAAGCCUUUCAAUGAAUUUUUGACCCGCUUCAAAAUUUUAGCUCCGGAGACUACAAACAGAAGCUAUGACGAAGUUGAUGCUUGCAAAAAGCUACUAGCAAAAGCGGACCUCAAAGGUUACCAGAUCGGGAAGACAAAGGUGUUUCUAAGGGCAGGUCAAAUGGCAGAACUGGAUGCUCACCGAGCUGAAGUUCUUGGCCUUUCAGCACGGAUUAUACAGAGGAAGGUCCUCUCUCAUCAGUCUCGCAGAAAGUUUCUCUUGUUGCAGGCUGCUUCAACAGAUAUCCAAGCACUCUGUAGAGGAAAAGUUGCACGUGUUUUGUUUGAGAAGAUGCGAAGAGAAGCUGCUUCUCUGAGAAUUCAGAAGCACGCACGGACUUAUAUUCGCCAGAAAGCCUAUAAAAUCCUCUACUCUUCUGCUUGUUCUGUUCAGACAGGGAUACGAGCAAAAGCUGCUCGUGUCGAAUUUCAGUUAAGGAAGAAGAGAAGAGCGGCAAUCAUUAUUCAAAGUCAAAUGAGAAGAUGUUUGUGUCAUUGGCAUUAUGUGAGUACGAAGAAAGCAGCGAUUACCACUCAGUGUGGCUGGAGAAAGAAAGUUGCUCGCAGAGAACUGCGGAAUCUUAAAAUGGCUGCUAAAGAAACAGGAGCACUUCAAGAUGCUAAGACUAAGCUUGAAAAUCAUGUGGAAGAGCUCACUUCAAACUUGGAGCUUGAGAAACAGAUGAGGAUGGAGAUUGAGGAAGCCAAAUCUCAAGAGAUCAAAGCAUUAAAACUUGAGCUCAGGGAAACUCAAGAAACCAAAAGUGCAGAGAUCUCAAGAUUGCAGUCCUCUUUACAAGACAUGCAACUUGAGAUUGAACAACUCUCUAAGGGACCUGAGACGAGUAACGAUACUUCUGCAGAAAACGAACGGCUUAAGGAGCUGGUGAGUUCAUUGCAAAAGAAAAUUGAUGACUCCGAGAGUAAAUAUGAAGAGACAGGGAAGCCAAGUGAGGAGAGGAUAAAAGAAGAAGUCCCUGUGAUUGAUCAGACUGCAAUCAUCAAACUUGAAGAUGAAAAUCAACAGCUGAAGGCGUUGGUAAGUUCCUUGGAGGAGAAAAUCGAUGCCUUAGACAGAAAACAUGACGAAACAAGCUCAAGUAUCACAGAGCAGUUGAAGGAGAAUGUUUCAUCUGAUUACGAGGUCGUGAGCUAUCUUGCAGCUGAGAAUCAGCGCCUCAAGGCACUAGUAGAUUCGUUAGAGAAGAAAAUCGAAGAAAGCGAUGGGAACAAUUCUUCAGAUGGAAAAACGGAAGGGAAAAGCAUGUUGGAGGAAGAAGAGAGUUUGACAGAUAAUGGUUGGACUGAUAGUGAAAGGAUCAACAGACUUGCUGCUCAUAACAAAGACCUCAGUGAUCUGGUAAGUUCCUUGGAAGAGAAGAUAGAUGAGACAGAGAAGAAGUAUGAGGAAGCAAGUAGACUUUGUGAAGAGAGGCUGAAGCAAGUUGUAGACGCAGAGACAAAGUUAAUUGAUCUGAAGACAUCAAAGCAAAGGCUUGAGGAAAAGGUCUCUGACAUGGAAGCAGAAGAACAGAUUCGCCGGCAGCAAGUGCUGGCUAAUUCUGCUUCCCGGAAAAUGUCACCCCAGGUGUCAUUUACAGGAGCCCCGGUAGAGAAUGGACAACAGGAACCAAUUGCUCCUAUUCCCACAAAAAGGUUUGGGACAGAAUCUUUUAGACGAUCUCGAGUUGAAAGACAACCACAUGAAUUCAUUGAUGUUCUUCUCAAAUGCGUAUCCCAAAACAUUGGUUUCAGUCAUGGAAAGCCUGUUGCGGCUCUUACAAUAUACAAAUGUCUUCUACACUGGAGAAUAUUCGAAGCAGAAAAAACCAGUAUCUUUGACCGCAUUGUUCCUGUCAUUGGUUCUGCAAUUGAGAAUCAGGAAGACGACAAUAAUUUGGCUUAUUGGCUAACAAACACAUCAAAUCUGCUGUUCUUACUUCAAAGAAGCCUGAGACAUACCUCAACUACCUCAAGUCCUACAAAACCUCCUCAGCCAACUUCUUUUUUUGGAAGGAUGACACAGGGUUUUCGUUCAAGCUCAUCACCGAACCUUUCAACAGAUGUGGUGCAGCAAGUAGAUGCUAGAUAUCCUGCUUUGCUUUUUAAACAGCAGCUUACGGCCUACGUUGAAACAAUGUAUGGAAUCAUCAGAGAGAAUGUCAAGAGAGAAGUAUCCUCCAUGCUUUCUUCCUGCAUUCAGGAUCUGAAGAAUUCAUCACACAAUUCCUCUGUUUCGAGUUCACCAUCAAAGUCAUCCGGAGAGAAUUCACCAAGUAAGUCAGCUCAAGAGAAUCUCCCCAUUAGGUCAUCUGAAGAGGAUUCACCAGCUAAGUCUUCUGAGGAAAAUUCUCUAAAGAAGUCAGUUGAAGAGAACUCACCAACUAAGUCAUCUGAAAAUAAUUCCCUGAAGAAGUCAGAUGAUGAGGAAUUAGCAGCAGGUAAAGAGGGUCAAGCAGCAGAGUCGUCUGAAGAGAACUCUUGGAAAAGCAUUGUUCGGCUUUUGAAUCACUACCUCAUCACAUGGAAGAAGAAUUACGUUCCUCUGUUUCUGGUUCAGAAGAUCUUCAGCCAAACUUUCCAAUGCAUCAAUGUUCAACUCUUCAACAGUCUAGUCCUUGAACAAGAAUACUGCACAUUUAACAUGGGCAAACAAGUGAAGUCGGGUUUAGAUGAACUAGAGUCAUGGUGCAGCCAAGCCACUGAAGAGUUCAUAGGAUCUUCUUGGGAUGAACUCAAACACACAAGACAAGCCGUAUAUCUCCUGGUUACAGAAUCCAAAUCCACAAUUUCAUACGAUGAUCUUACAACUAACCUUUGCCCGGUCCUUAGUAGUCAGCAACUGUAUAUAAUAUCUACACUCUGCAAGAACGAAGACCACCCCGAUCAAAACGUAACCCUAGAGGUGAUUUCCAACUUAAAACUUCUAAUGAAAGAUGAAGAUGAAGAUAGCCGUUCUUUCUUGCUAGACGACGAUUCCAGCAUUCCAUUUGAAACCGAUGAGAUCUUGAACUGCAUGCAAGAAAAGGACUUUGCGAAUGUUAAAUCAGCUUUCGAGCUCGCUGAUAACCCCAACUUCCACUUCCUCAAGGAUUGA